AUGCAGUCAACAUCUCAUUUUGAAGAUCUAUCGAAUGAGCUUCUACUUGACAUAUUCGAUUACCUAUCACAUCGCCAAUUGAUAAUCAGUAUUUUGGGCAUCAAUCAACGUUUCAAUCAAUUGGUUAUGUGUCGUCCCGUUGACAUUGUCAUUUAUGGAACAAGCUGUCAUUUAGACCCAAUGCUGUCCUGUGGUAUUAUUUCAUUGGCAUAUAUUCGUAGUAUUACAAUUAUCGGCCCGUUGUGUGGUGAAUUUAUCGAAAACGACCUUUGCUCGUAUUUAAAAUCAUCACCAAGUCCGUCACUUGUAUCGCUUCGAGCAUUGAAAUGUGUGAAAGUGAAUCCGAUGAUUAUCAGAGAGAUCUAUAAUCAAAUACCUGACUUCAAUCAACUCGAACAUAUCUAUCUUGAUAGUGACGAGCAGCUCGAUACAAAUGAGUUUUUUCUAUUGUUAACUGGCACAUCAUUGAGAAGAUGUCACAUUGCAUCGGGUCAAUUCAAUUUGAAUUCACUUCAACCGUCUUCACGCUUACAACGUUUACAUCUGACUCGUUGUAAUUGGCCAGAACUCAUUCCGUUCAUUGCACAAUCAGUUGUUUACCUUCGUGUUUCAAUGGCAACUUGGGAUAUUCCAAUUGAAAUAGAGCAAACUAAACUAAAACAUUUAUAUUUGAGCAUAGACAAUGUUGACACCUCUAUACUUCCACAAUUCGAUGCAUUGCUGAGAGCUUGUCCAGAUCUACGCUUCUUAUCCAUCGAAAUUUCCCACGACCAUUUUUUUAAGUGUAUACUAUUCGAGUCCCAUCAUGUUUGCAAUGCAAUUCGAAGUCUACCGUGGCCAUGUUUGAUCGAGCGAGUGUGUUUUCGUAUCAACAGACAAACAAAAACCCUAUUAGUGUCGGACGAAAAGAAAGAAUGUGCUAGUUGGAUCAAGCAAAACGUUUUCCAGUAUGCAUGUAUUCAAGAAUCUCAUAAGAAACCCUACUCUACUGAGCUAAUUCUGUCGCGCGUCAUUAAGGUUAAAAGUAAAUGA